GCCUUUUCUUUUGUAAAAUUGCAGCAGCUCAGGACAGACGCAUACCGCCGCUAACACACCGGGAGCGUCCUGACAGCGUGCUCCACCUGGCCACGGCCACAACAACAACCAGGACUAACCACAGCACGUUUCUGUAAUAAAGGAUGCUGACGUUUAUGACCGGCGUCAGCAGCGUCCAGACGGAGACAGGUGGAAGAGAUGAAGAGAGGACAGCCAAGCGCAUCGGCCAAAUAUGUUUCGGAGAGCCGUGGUGAGGUCUGGAGAGGCGCUCGGAUGGGGCAGUUUGCGGGGCGCAUGGUUUAAAGUGUAGUCAUCAUCACAUUCCCCUGAUCGGCUCUAUCGGCUGAUUCAGGACGGAGUUAACGCAGCAAGUAAGUGCUUAUGUCAUCGGUGCUGGUGUCUGGGAUGGGUGAGUGGAGUCUGGCUGAGCUGCCCAUGGACAGAUGGAUGUCCCUCCUGCCCCCUCCUCUGUGGGACAUCCCACUGUAUCACCUCGCUAUCCCAGGCAGCCACAAUGCCAUCACCUACUGCCUGGACAUGAAUGACCGCUCCCCAAUGGACCUGCUGCAGCCGGACAUGCUCCAAAAGCUGGACAAAUACAUGAAGCCCCUCAUCAGGCCUUUUGUCUACAAGUGGGCUGUAACUCAGGAGUACAACAUAAAGCAGCAGCUGGACUGUGGAAUCCGAUACUGUGACCUCAGAAUUGCGCAUCGACCUAAUGACCCCUCAACCGACUUGUACUUCUACCACGGAGUCUACACCACCAUCACUGUACAGACUGUUUUGCUGGAGAUCAGGGAGUGGUUGGACACUCAUCCCGGUGAGGUGGUGAUCCUGUCCUUCAGUCACUUCCUGGGACUGAGCCAGGAGCUGCACAUGCUGCUGUUGACCACCAUUCGCAACACCUUUACCUCCAAGAUCUGCCCCAAAAUGGAGCCGUUAACCCUCCGAAACCUGUGGUCGAUGGGAUACCAGGUGAUUGUGUCCUACGAACAUAACAUGUCAGGCUGUCACUCUGAGCUGUGGCCUCAUAUACCUUAUUGGUGGGCCAAUAAGUGCAAGGCGGAGUCACUCAUCGAAGUGUUUGAACUGAAGAAACAACAUGGGCGGCCAGAAGGGUUCUUUGUGACUGGAAUCAAUCUAACAGAGGAUCUGAAGUACAUCUGCACUCACCCGACUGAGACACUGAAGGAUUUGGUCAUGUCCACAUACCCCGCGCUGCUGGAAUGGGUCAAAGAGCAGACGCCAGGAGCCAAACCAGGGGCCCUCAACAUCAUUGCUGGGGACUUUAUCACAGAGUGCCACUUUGUACCCUCUGUGGUUAGACUCAAUGAGAAACUACUCAAGUGGUCCUGCUGACUCUGGACACUAAAUGAAGACUGGACACAAAAUGUGAAUUUUAGCAUGAAAAAUACACACGCUUGCUGCUUUGACAAAAGAAUAUUUGAGUACUUGAAUUAAACUGGCCACAUUGUUUGGUAUACACUUAUAUUAGUUAACAACCAAAACAUGUACAAUUGGUUUAUCCUCCAUAUUUAGCUCUUGACACAAGUUCUGGGGAAAGUUUCCUAGGUCCUGAAGUGCUCUAGCCACUACUCUUAACAAUUUGCCCCAACAGCUUUGAAAGAUGGGUCAAAUGCCCGAAACAGAAAUGUCACUGUGGUAUAGCGCUGAGUAACAAGUCAUAAGCAGUGGGCAACUUCAGUGCAACCCCAAGGACCCUUCUCCAGAUCUUUAAUCAUAAUCUUGGUCUGGAGUGCCUAUCUGGAGGUUUAUCUAAUAGUGCAUGUUUUAAGGAAUCUUAGUGUUGUGACGUUAACAUAAGAAAGCAUUCCUACUAAAGUGGCUAGUGAGUUUACUUGUUAAAUAGAAAAAUGCACUUCUUUUAGACAGUGAAUUGUAUGUACCUGACUACAGAAAUAUGGCUUUUACUUGCACUUGUUUACAUUUCACUAUAUCACAACCAUUA